AGUCGGCAGUGCUCCGCGCCGGGGCACAGCGCGCCAUGGACCGGGCGAGCGGCAGCCCGCCGCCCAGCCCGCCCGCGCAGACCGGCUUCAGCGCCUUCUGCAGCGCGCUCUCCGACACGCUCUCGAAAUACCCGCGCAUUAAACGGCCGCCUGGUGCGACGUACAAAGCCGCGCGACACCGCACUCUGCUCCUUCAGCAACCUUGCGGCCACCACCGGCACCACUUGUGCGCGCCCGCUGCUCGCGUCGCGCUUCGCUCCACUCGCCUCGCUCCAAGCCAUAGGGGAUGGCAACUACGUCGAGAAGCAGGAGAAAAACGGAGGAUGAGAAAAAGAAUAAGAAGAAACAGUCGCCCGUGGACGACCGGCCCGUAGUCCCGGCACCCAGUGAAGCUAUGCUCAACAAUUUGCGCACUGCGUUCGGCCUGCUGGACCGAGACAGUGACGGACACGUCACACCAGCCGAGCUGCAGUUCAUGCUGCGGAACCUCGGCAUCACGGUCAGCGACGACCUCAUUGGCGAGCUCAUCAAAGACGCCAGUAAAACUGGUAACGGUCUAAUAGAUGAGAAUGACUUCAUGCAGUGGGUGACGAAGAUACAAGCCUUACAAGGGCUGGAUGUGACGACGAGCGGUGGGGACUCCGAGGAAGAGAUCACUAGAGAUCUACUCGCAGCAUUUAAGGUGUUCGACCGCGAUGACAACGGGUACAUAACGCGAGACGAGCUCCGGGCAGCGCUGGAGAUGAUCGGCGAGCCCGUCACCGACGCGCAGCUGAACCAAGUUCUAGCGCUCGGUGACAUCGACCACGAUGGCAGAAUCGACUAUGAAGAGUUUGUGAAGAUGCUGUUGUAACGUGUACCUCGCUGAACAAGACCUCACUAGAUAUAAUGAGAGAUGGUAGUGUUAAAAGACGUGCGGUCGGCGCAGAUUGGUCCCUACGUGAUCAUGUAUGUGGAUGUCGCUACGAUACACGGGCGGUAGUGGGCAACUACUACCAACAACUGUUCAUUGUAUGCACGGCACCUAUAUGUUCGCAGAUCAAAGUGGAAAUGCCCACGUAGCAGUCGACACCUGUUGAAAUUGUUGUAAAUAGAAGUAAUUUUAUAAUUAUUAAAAAUAACAAAUAUCUAUUGUAGCAUGUAACUAAUUUAGGAUAGUCAAAUUAUAUAAUUAAACAUUAAUAUCAUUAAAUGAUUAUAUAUUUUGCAUACGUGAUUUGUUUACCAAAUAAUAUCUAACUAAUAAUAAAUGGCCUAAGUGGACUUGAUCAGAAAUUUUGUAAUUUAAAGACAUUUCAAAGUAGCAGUUAUGCUAUUUUACUUGUAUUAUAUUGUAACUCAACUGUUUUAACGAAAAAAAACUACAUGUCAGUACAAAGAUGCUAUAAUUUAUUUUGCGAAAAUUAAAUAUUUUUAACAACAUCGAUUUAUACAUAUGUUUAGAUUAAGAUCUUAGCGAAUUAGCAUAUAGGUAAAGAACCUACAUAGAUGCCCAGUAAUAGAACUUCAUGAAUGUUAUUCUUAUUAUUUUUUAAAACAGAUUCUAUACUGCAAACGAAGUUGAAAUAUAAAGGACUUUUAAAUGAGAAUAUGUAAGUUUUAAUUGAAACGCAAAAUGUCUACAGUUCGUGUCGACUUGGCUAAAAGCCUCAAUUCAGGAACGAAAAGGAUUUAACUAGGAAACCUACCUUAGUUUUUUUUUCUGGUUUAUUCUUUAAGCAACCUGAAGGGAGAGUGCCAGUCGACACAUACCUUUACAGUUACAGUACUAAUGAAUAAAUAAUGUUGUAAUUUUAUGGUUGUGAAUGAUAAGUUACAUCAGAAUUGUUAUACUUAUGAAUUAAAGUGGUAUGAGUACGGACAA